UAGCAGCUCGAUCACCUAUAUAAGGUCGCAAGCUCUCGCCAUGGCCAAAACACAAGCACCACAGUCACUUCACUGAUCAAGUAGCUGGCAAGAGCUUUGAGCGCGUUGCAACUUUGCAUCCCGGUCGAUCGAUGGCGUCCAAGGUCGAGCUGGUGGUGGAGGUGAAGUCGCCGGCGGAGAAGCUGUGGACGGCGAUGCGCGAGUCGACGGAGCUGUUCCCCAAGAUCUUCCCCGAGCAGUACAAGAGCAUCGAGACCGUGGAGGGCGACGGCAAGUCCGCCGGCACCGUCCGCCUCAUCAAGUACACCGAGGGGGUUCCGAUGGUGACGUUCGCCAAGGAGAAGGUGGAGGUGGCGGACGACGAGAAGAAGGUGGUGUCGUACAGCGUGGUGGACGGCGAGCUGGUCAGCUUCUACAAGAACUUCAGGGUGACGGUGCAGGUGACCGACAAGGGCGCCGACGGCGGCGGCGCGGUGGUGAACUGGACCAUGGACUUCGACAAGGCCAGCGACGAGGUGCCCGAGCCGGACGUCAUCAAGGAGACCGCCGCCAAGACCCUCCACGACCUUGACGACUACCUUCUCAAGAACUAGAGUAGCUUUUACUAGCUGCCUCGUCGCUGGCCGCCGCGUCCGUCGUCCGUCCAUCCAUCCAUCCAUGUCUACUGUCAUCGUUACUUGCUGUCUGCCGUGUUCCCCCAUCUAGCUUACUCUCACGAAAACGACCGUGUGUACCAUGUACGUGUGCAUCUGCCUGCGCUGGGACGGACGCGUGAGUAGUAGUGGACUGAUAAUAAUGAUAAUAAAGUCCCAACUUUAUGGUCACGUAUA